AAACAAGCAACCACGAAUUAGACCUACUGCCCGACUAUAAAUACUCACCAGCAAAGUAAGGGUUGAGGCUGUAGAAAACUCAAACACCCUCACCUCACUGCAUUAGGUUACAUUGCAAUGGCCAACUCAAACUCUUCCCCUCUCUAUGAAAGGUUGGAGCACAAAAACACCAUGCACAAAGUCAUGGAGUUUAUAAUCUUGUUCCUCCUCCUUUCACUCCUUGUUUAUCGUCUCCUCUCUUUUAGCAACCAUGGUUUUGCUUGGCUCGUUGCAUUCCUAUGUGAGCUCUGGUUUACGCUCUACUGGGUAAUCACCAUCAGCAGCAAAUGGAGUUUUGUGGAAUAUAAAACAUACCCCGACCGUCUCUUACAACGGGUGGCUGAGCAUGAGCUUCCCCCAGUGGACAUGUUUGUGACCACAGCAGACUCAGAGCUGGAACCACCUAUCAUUACCCUGAACACUGUGCUUUCUCUGUUGGCUGUGGAUUACCCAACAGACAAACUAGCUUGCUAUGUGUCGGAUGAUGGUUGUUCCCCUCUCACCUUCUACUCGCUUGUGGAAGCAUCAAAGUUUGCCGAGCUUUGGGUUCCAUUUUGCAAAAAGUACAAUGUUCAAGUUAGAGCUCCUUUCAGAUACUUCAAUAAUGAUGCCAUACCUUCCAGUAAGAACUCAGGGGAAUUCAAGCAAGAAUGGAAAACGAUGAAGGAUGAAUAUAUGAAGCUUAACCGCAAAAUUGAGGAUGCUGUUGGCAAAUCUAUUCCAUUUGAUCUUAGCGAAGAUUUUUCACUUUUCUCAAAUAUAGAACGCAAUAAUCAUCCAACAAUAAUCAAGGUGGUGCUGGACAAGGAGGAAGGUCAUUCAAAUGGACUGCCCCGUUUGGUUUAUAUAUCCAGAGAAAAGCGGCCAAAGCAUCCACAUCAUUCCAAAGCCGGGGCCAUGAAUGUUUUGACCAGAGUGUCUGGGUUAAUGACAAAUGCCCCCUUGAUGCUGAACGUAGACUGCGACAUGUUUGCAAACAACCCAAGCGUUGUUCUUCAUGCAAUGUGCAUACUGCUUGGAUCCAAUGAGAACCAAAAUGAAAUUGCAUUUGCUCAAUUUCCACAAAUCUUCUAUGACGGGCUCAAGGACGACCCCUUUGGAAAUCAGAUGGCAGUCAUUUGGAAGUACUUGGGGCAUGGGAUUCAAGGAAUCCAAGGAGUAUUUUAUGCUGGAACAGGAUGUUUUCACAGAAGACAAGUCAUCUACGGUCUGUCCCCUAAUAAUGGAAAAUUAGGCAACCAAGAAUUACUUAAAACCUUUGGAAAUUCAAAGGAACUCACCAACUCAGCUGCUGAUGCUUUGAGAGGGGAGACAAAAUGUCCAAGCAUGCUUUUGAAAUCUAUCGAGGCUGCUGCAUACCAAGUUGCAAGUUGUGAAUACGAAUAUGGCACCAAUUGGGGUAGAAAGGUGGGGUGGAUGUAUGGAUCAACAACUGAAGAUAUCCUCACUGGGCUUUCAAUCCACAACAGAGGUUGGAAAUCUAUAAUUUGUACACCAGACCAACCUGCCUUUCUGGGUUGCACCCCAACAGGUGGGCCUGCUUCCAUGACCCAACAGAAAAGGUGGGCCACAGGCCUGCUUGAAGUGCUACUCAGUAAAAAUUGUCCCAUAUUUGGUACUGUAUUUGCUCACCUCCAAUUUAGGCAGUGCUUGGCCUACCUCUGGAUUUUUACGUGGGGCCUGCGGUCACUUCCUGAGACAUGCUAUGCUGCUCUACCAGCUUAUAGUAUCAUCACCAACACACAUAUCUUCCCCAAGGGCCAAGAACUUGCUUACUAUAUACCAAUAGCUCUAUUUGUCACGACCAAUAUAUACAAUAUAUCACAGUAUAUUCAAAGCGGUCUAUCAAUCCGAGCAUGGUGGAACAACCAAAAAAUGGGAAGAAUAACCGCAAUGAGUGCUUGGUUAUUUGGAGUUUUUGGUAUCGUCCUCAAACUCUCAGGCAUAUCAGAGACAGUGUUUGAAGUAACAAAAAAAGACCAAUCUUCUUCAACUGAGAAAGGCACUGAAGAAGAAGACACUGAAGCAGGCAGAUUCACCUUUGACAAGUCCCCUAUGUUUGUGCCUCCCACUACCGUUUUGCUGCUGCACUUAACCGCCUUGGCUUCUGCUCUGUUUGGGCUGCAGCCACCAGCUCAUGAUGGGCUCGGGUCAGGCCGAUUAGAGGUUGCAGGCAGUGUGUGCUUGGUGCUCUGCCUCUGGCCAUUUUUGAAAGGGUUGUUUGGUUCUGGGAAAUAUGGAAUUCCCUUGUCCACCAUUUUUAAGUCUGCUGGGCUCACACUCAUGUUCUGCACCUUGUGCAGAAGUUAAUUUUGCAAAGGGUACAAUAUGUUUUUCAACUUUA